ACAAACAACUUUUACAACAUCAAUAAUAAAUCAACCUUGUGAAAAUUAUUUUGUUUUGAAGUAAAAAAUUUCGUGUGGGGGAGUUGGCGGCAGUUGUUCUUUGACAUUGACAGACGUUAAUUAACGUCACAAAGCUAAACAAAUUAAUUUUUUCAUUAUAUAAAUACAGAUUAAUUUAUUCGAGUUUUAAUUUCAAAAACGGAAAUGUAUGUAUUCAGUCACCAUAAACAUAUGUAACCUUCAAAAUAAUGAUUGCCAAAAAUUGUCCAAAAUGUGAUCAGCAGGUACCGGUUGCAUGUAAAGCUUGUCCAUGUGGCCACUCAUUUUUUAAUUCGAGGAGAACAACGCGUGUGUUAUCUCCAGGAGCAGACAUACGAAGGCGCACCCAAAGAGUUCGCAGAGAAAAACCAAAUUAUUAUGACGCCUUAGAGUACGACAAACAAAUACGAAAGAUAAAAACGCGGAAUAGCGAAUGUGAAAACGAUGACGACGCCAGUAAAAAAGAUCCAAAUAAAAUAAAACGAAAAAAAGUAAAAAAGGAAGACGACGAGGAUGAUGACGUUAUCACUAAUCUCUCGUCAGAAAAGCAAGUACAAUGUUCGAUUAUCUUGGAAGAGUUGAAUAGGAAGAUGCAGUUAGUUACCUGGAAACCAACGUGAAGCAACAUCACAAUUGUUUAUUUUCGACUGAGCCACAUAUUAGAGUAAUUUACAAUAAUAUACUGUAUAUAGAAUGA